AUGGCCGACAUCCCUGUGACACUGUUCUGUCUUGUUGAUGGAGAGGCUAUUUCCAACGCGUUCUGUGUCAAGAUUCCUUCAAGCGAGACUGUCUGUGAACUCAAGAACCUCAUUUGGACCAACAUCGCCGAAGACUUUCAAAAAGUCAAUGCACAGAAACUCACUCUCUGGCGCGUCUUCAUUCCUACGGUUGCAACCAACAAGCAUAAGCCCAUCUUCCUGGAUGAGAUUGAUCCCGAUUCCGCAUCAGAACUUUACCCAACAGACAAUAUCUCCGAUGUCUUUGCUGACCAACCGCCACGCCAAAAUACUAUUCGCAUCAUCGUCCGGCAACCUCUAGUUUUGCCAAGACAGCUGAAGUCUGUUCCGAAGGAUCUCAUCGAGCAGGAGCUGGCAGCCAUUCUCUAUAGCGUCCAGCAUCGCCCCACUGCUCCCUCUGUUGAUCCAUUGGAAGUUGAGGCUUCUCAGAAUGAAGAACUAGGACGCUUUUUCAAGAGGUCUUUGCCGCAUGGCGAGACAGCAAGAGACAUCAAGCUGGUGAUGUUAGGACUUGAGCUUGACAAACAGGCAAAGGCGAGCGACGGCAAGACUUUGCGCUCUAUUGUAGAGGACGACAUCGGCAAGCUCAAUCGCAGCGUGGUUGCUAUGGUCGCUCCUUCCGGGUCAGGAAAAACCGCAACCGUCACAGACCUGGCAACUAGGCACUUUGUCGUCUACUGUGUCUGCUGUUCUACAGGGCCCUCUGUCCCUCCGGACUUCGGGGACCCAAAUUUCGCCCAGCUUGCCCGUGAAGUCGAAGAGAUGUACGCGACCGUUACCCGGACGCAGGGGGUUGCGCGUGGUCUGCUUGACGUCGAAUCUGAUGCGACUCUACUCGUAAGACAACGCGUUGAACUCGAGUUCCUGGCUCGAUUGCUUUUCCUUCAACGUCUUCUUGGCAGAAACCCAGAUCUGGAGCCGCCGAAUUUCUUUCGUGAGCAGAUGUCCGCCACAGGAGUCUCGACCAUCCGUGAGCUUGUGAAAGUACUGCGGAAGUACGACUGCCUAGCGAUCCAAUACAUGCUCGAUGACGUCCAGACCGUGCUUCACGCUCAACUUGAGCCCAGGCGCCGUGGUCUGGUAAUAGCCCUGGAUGAGGCCAUCUUGGCCGGCAAGUUCAUCUCGCCAUCCGCUUUAGCUGCAUACUGGAACACACGCCAUUCCCCGAGCGUCCUUUUUGACGAUAAGAACGAGAUACAUCGCCAUCUCUGCCGCGGCUUCCUUACGCCCUUGUCUGCUACACUAAGCGGCAUGUAG